AUGGAUAACACAACUUGUCCUCGUGUCAGCUUUGACUUUACACACAGAUUCCUGCCUCCUGUUUACAUCUUAGUAUUCAUCAUUGGACUGGUAGCUAAUGGAUGGGGACUGAAGUCUCUGCUGCACAACUGGAAGAAACUGGUUUGGCUGUUGGUGAGCGUUCAAAGUCUUCCAGACAUGUUCUACACCAAAACAUUUGGAAACACCACUGUAGGAUGUUACGAUACCACCAGUAAGAGACAUGUUGAGGAUUACCUGAAAUACAGCUUCGGAAGGACACUCACUGGGUUUUGUAUCCCGUUCCUCAUCACACUGGGCUGCUAUGGACAUGUGAUUGUCGUUCUCUGCCGCACAAAUACCAUUGACAAGAUACUGAAACAGAGAAGCUUGAAGUUGUUGUUCAUCUUGAUCCUUCUCUUCUCUGUUUGUUACAUCCCCCAUCAUGUAUUCAAGAACCUCAACCUCUUGUCAAGAGUGCUGUCCAAACGGAGGAUUUGCCAUGGAUGGUUUAAUGGAGUCUACAUUGCUCAUCAGAUAAGUCGUGGCCUUGUGUGUCUGAACAGUGCUCUCAACCCUCUGGUUUACCUCCAUGGAAAUGAAGAUAUUCCUGCUCAGCUCAGACGACUACUCCAGCAAGCUCGUCAAGCUGUCAUACGGCUCUCAACCACCCCUAGUCAAAUCCCCCUGGUGUAAAUUUUCUGAUAUGUGAAUUAAAUUUAACAACUGUAUUGCAUCAUCUACCACCAUAACACGUUUAUUAUAGUGGGUCAAGAUUUUAAUCUCUGUGGUGACCAUAUUGCUGUUAAGAAGAAAAAAGAAAAAGAAAAUUCACUUAAACUAUUCUGAAAAUGUGACUGUUCACUUUCUUAGAGAAUAGGACCAUGUAUUGUGGUGGGGAGGCUCAGUGCUCGGCAUGAUCUGCAUUGUGUUAAAACAGGUACUUGCGAAUGUAUAAAUAAACAGGAUAUGAGCUUCACUGACUGCAACAGAUGCACGUGUCAAUAGUGGUACUGGUACUGUAUGCAUAAUCUCUACCAAGCACAAUGUGCCUUCGAAAGAAAACAAGACAUAUUACAGAUGUAAACAACUAUUUCAGCAUUAUUGUGCAAAAUCUCUCCCACUCCAACUUGAUUUUACUGUAUGGAAAUAGUAGUAAUUUUGAUUAAGUAUAGGUUGAGAAAAUCCAACAACCCGCUGGCUCAUUAAGCCCUUUAAAAACUCAUUGGGUGGCCAGGCUACUUGGUUCCUUAUCUUUAUCUGAUUUGUAAUCACCAACAUUUGAAUUUGUUUUACAAUUGCUUCCAGUAAAAAUCUCAAAGGCCAACUGCUGUCUUCAACCUUCAGCCGUUCUUUUAAAUCAAGGCUGAAGACUUUUCUGUUUGCCGCUGCCUUUUAUGAAAUCAAAUGAUUCAUUUCUUACAUGGCACUUUAACGUUUACGCUCCUGUUUUAUCUUGUUUUUAUUUUCUGUUGAACUCUUUUUAAUUGUAUUUAAAUGUCCUUUAAUAUUGCCCUAUGUCGCUUUAAUGUUUUAUGUAAAGCACUUUGACUUGCCUUGUUGUUGAAAUGUGCAAUACAAAUAAACUUGCCUUGCCUUGC